AUGGAGACCGGGGAAAGAGCAGAGUCUGACUUCACAGCCAGAGAUGAGACGGCCAUGCAGAGUCUCUUCGACACCUGCUACGGGCUCGGUGACUAUCACAAGGUCGAAGGAGAAAGGAAUGCAAAAUAUUUAUAUCGUCAGCGAGACGAGUGCUUAACUUCUCUGCAAGACCUGGAGAAAGCAGUUUCUCAGACGGACGCGGGCUGUGUCCGAGCCAAGCUGGGGGAAUGGCAGGUCUUGCAAAGGAAGAUCGUCCCCUUGCUAACUUCCUACAUCGAGGACUCGGAGUUAGCUUCCCAUCUGCUGAAGCUGAUGGUCCUUCUCACAAUGCGGGUAGGAAUCUACGGCCCCCCUCCUGCAGAUCGCAAAAUGCUUCAAGAGCAAGAGCGGGAACAGCUUCGCCAUAUGCAGGACUACAAGGAGGCGUUCACGAACCCGACCAUCUUCACCAUGAUCGUUCGACUGCUCGUAGGAGCUCUGGAUGGAGAGGCCAGCGCGCACCUCUUCAAGGAUGUCCUGUUCCUGCUGCGAAAUCUCGUGUCUGUCCCGGAUCCAGGUCCGGGGGACACAGGCUACACGCCCCUCAGAGGAAGGAUGCAGAUGACUUUCAUUCGCAACUUUUGCGAAGAAGGCGUGCUAACCUUCUUCAUGCUCCUCGCAACCGAACUUGUGCAGCAGCAGCAAGAGGACAUUCAGCAGGUCUGGGCGAUUGCCGACAUCCUUUAUCAUAUAUGCACCCACUUCGAUCCUGACGAAUUGCUGACAAGCAACAAGGAUCGAAGCAAGCCGAAAAGCGACUUGGCCGACCUCUUGGCGCGGGACAAGGCCGACCAGAAGCUCAUGGCGCCGCCGUCUUCCAGGCAUAGCCGCUUCGGAACGUCAAUGGCGACAAUGUCUCGUGACGGCUCGAUGAUGUUGACGCCGUCCGUGCAGCACAACAACAUCAUGCAGAAGAGCGGCGUGCUUCUCAAGAAAGAGUUCCGCAAUCCUGAAGCGAGCGGGAAGAAGACCAACAUGUUCCACAGUCGUUUUUUCGUGGAUCUAUGUGAAGGGUCUGUUCGGGAGUACAACCAGGUCAAUCCGCAUGUGCGGGGAGUUCUCGACGACCGCAUGUACCACCCGCUCAAGAUCCUUCAAGGCUACCGUACCUUCUUCGAGAACCUCUGCUCGACUUCCUUCAGUUCACUCGUGAGCAUCAUGCGGAGCAGCUGUAAAGUCAAACCAAGCCAACAAGAAGAAGGAUCAGAAUUCGACAUGCCACACCUGCUGAACUUCAUUUGCUGGUUCCUGGAGUUCCACCGUGUCCAGCAUGCAAUGCAGGUUAAGGAAGCGGAGAAAACGAGCUCAACGCCCCCUGACAUGGACAUAGCCGUGAUCCAGGGAGCGAUUGAUCUGGAUAUGAUCCAGUUUACUACCGCUCGGCUUCGUGAAUACGGCAAGAACGCCCAAAUUCACUCGUCUUUCUUGGUCAUCGUUCUCCGGGCGCUGGCAGCACAAGUCCAGACGAUCAAGGUCAUGACAGGGUGCGAGGGCUCUGACACCCGAGACUGUGGAGACCUCUUGGUCACUCACACCGUGAAGGAGGAUGUCUUGGGACACCUCGCAUGGAUCAUGAAGAACUUGAACUCUGCAGUGCAUGAUCCUCGCAUUCUCUCCUACUCAGUGGAGGUUUGGCACAACUUAACAAUGCUGAUGCAGACACGAGGCAGCAGGGGUGCCGAGGCUGAGUUCCAGGUUGAGCGGCUUCGUGGAGUGCAGAUGACGCGUUCCAGCACAUCGGUGGAGAAGGAGAUCACAGGCAUCGCCGACUCGAGAGUCGUGCAAAACCUCUUCCACCUGUUGGAGAAGUACAAGCGACAUACACCGACACUCCAGUCCAUGCUCGUAAAGCUGAUCCACAGCAUCAUGCAGGCACAUCCCACCAACAUCGUCUUGUUCUUCGAGGUCUCCUACUUCCAGCGCAUUCAGAGAAUCAUGACCGAUCCACUGCUGAUCAGCACGAAGAAUGCAGAGAAGUACAAAGACCUUCUGGGCUUGCUCCGCUUCAUCCUGCGCGAGUUUUUCAAGUGUGCCGAUACCAACAAAUGCGUCUUUGGGGAACUGCUCUUCCCCAAAAUCCAGGAAAGCCAAAAGGAUCAGUUGGAGACCUGCGCUGUUGAGUUCGGUGCUAUAUUGACGAAUUACGAAGAAGAAGCCUAUCGACGAAUCUUGGACAGGAUGGAUGCUGGAGAUACGCUGACAGCAAUGAAGAAGCAGCGUGCCGAUGUGAUGAAGGGACAGGGCUGGACAGAGGAGGAGGAUGCCGUUUUGCGGCGGUGCUACCCGGCGUACAAAGAGCAUCCGCUUUGUGCAGAAGUGUUGGUCGCCGAGCUGCCAGAAGACAACAAUCGAACGGCUGUGCAGGUCCGUCGCCGCCUGAUUGAGCUGGGCCUGAUGCCAGCGAAAGGCGCCGGCCGGGGUGCCGCGGGCGAGGUUUCAAAGGAGGAGCCGGCGGCAAAGAAGGCCAAGGUCCACGGUGAUGCGGACAUGGGAGACCCAUCUGCCGCAGGCAAGCCAGCAACGCAAGCCUCUUCUGGCAAAGAUGCAGCGGCUGAGACCGAACAGGACGACGAAAUGCUGGAAGAAGACUUGGAAAGGCUGCUGGAUGCAGCCUACGACAGUUUGCCGACUGAGUUGGAUCCGCCCACUGCAGCUGCGUCCGCGCCAACGGCCACUGCGUCCGCUGCCAUGGACAAGGCUGCCAGCGCAGCUCCGACUGCCCGCGAUGAGGCCUCGACCGCUGCUCCCACGGCCGACGAGGCAUCGAGCUUUGCAGACGUCAAGGCAUCGGCUGCUCCAGCUGCUCCCACAGCCAUGGAUGAGGCGUCGACUGCUGCUCCCACGGCCCGGGAUGAGGCAGCGAGUGUGGCUGCGACGGUCAAAGACCAGGCGUUUGCUCCGCCCACCAUGUUGGACAAGGCUGAGACUGUAGAAAGCGCAGCAGGAACUGCAGAAGGCCAGCCGACGAUGCCGAUACCUUCCCAAGAUGACAUGGAAUUGGAACUCGAGCGGCUUAUGGAGGAAGAGAUGCCCGCAAGUGCCCCUGCGGCGGCAUCGCAAGGUGGGCAGGCCGAUACCAUGAAUCAGCAAUCACAGGAUGACUUGGAGCUAGAUCUGGAGCGACUCAUGGAGGAUGAGAUAUCCCCGAGCGCCAAAGCCAGCGCCUCACAAGGGCAAGACGAGCCUGUUCAGCCGUCCCGAGAUGACUUGGAGUUGGAUUUGGAGAGACUCAUGGAGGAGGAGAUCUCUCCCAGCGCGACGGGAAAUCCUCGAGAAGGUGGAGGCGGACAGUCUGACACGGUGAAGCCAUCCCGAGAUGACUUGGAGCUGGAGCUAGAGCGGAAGCAUCCGCUGCUUCGCGAGCGGGAGCGUAACAGGCGCUUCAUGCCGUUGAAGACGGAUGAGCUUCUUUGUACAGAAGUGCGCACAGGGGAAGGGUCGGGACAACUCCAAGCAUUCCUUGGUGCGCCGCUCGAUGCUCAAGAGGGCGUAGCCAGUGCGCUCGUGCCGAACCAGGCACUCGGCUGCAACUUUGCAGCCAUGAGUGCUUUGCAGAAAAUCGCUGAGAUCGAGGCCGAAAUGGCCAGAACUCAGAAAAACAAAGCGACAAAUGCCCACUUGGGCCUCCUCAAGGCCAAGCUUGCAAAGCUUCGGGCGUCGAUCGUGUCCGAGGGCACGAAAGGUAGCGGGGGAGGCGGAGGACAGCAGGGCUUCGAGGUCUCGAAGACCGGAGAUGCUCGAGUUGGCCUCAUCGGCUUCCCAUCCGUUGGCAAGUCGACAUUGCUAAACAAGAUGACAGGAAGUGCCAGUGAGGUUGCCUCCUAUGAGUUCACCACUCUGACCUGUGUCCCCGGCGUUUUCAACUACAAGGGGGCCAAGAUCCAGCUGUUGGACUUGCCCGGGAUCAUCGAGGGAGCCAAGGAUGGCAAAGGCCGAGGUAAGCAGGUUAUCAGUGUCGCCUACAGCUGCAGCCUGAUUCUGAUAGUGUUGGAUGUAAUGAAGCCGAUUCUACACAAGCGUAAGAUCGAAUAUGAGCUCGAGGGCUUCGGGAUUCGAUUAAACAAGAAGCCGCCGAACAUUCUGUUCAAAAAGAGGGAAAAGGGAGGGAUCGCGCUCAACGUGUCGCCGGGCUGUGUGCUAAAGGACUGUGAUGAGGAGAGCAUCAUGGGUGUUCUUCGAGAGUAUAAGAUCAACAAUGCUCAAGUCUCGAUUAGAUGUGAUGCCACCAUGGACGACAUCAUUGACACGCUUGAGGGUAAUCGGAAGUAUUGCCCCUGCGUCUACGUCAUGAACAAGAUCGACCAGAUCACAAUCGAAGAGCUCGACAUUAUCGCUGAGGUGCCACACCACGUGCCCAUUUGCGCACACCAUGAGUGGAACCUGGACGGACUCGUCGAGAUGAUCUGGAGAUACAUGAGCCUACUGAGGAUUUACACGAAACCUCGAGGACAGAUUCCAGAUUACACUGCUCCAGUAAUUCUUCCAGCGGAGAAGAACAAGAUUGAGGACUUCUGCGUCCGGAUACACAAGUCUCUCCUAGCGCAGUUCAAAGUCGCACUCGUUUGGGGAAUGUCCGCGAGACACAAUCCUCAAAGAUGUGGGAAAGACCACGAGCUUAUGGACGAGGACGUCGUGCAGAUCAUCAAGAAAGUUGGUUGA